AUGGGAUCCGAACUUGGAGUCCACGCCGACUCUAAGCCGGGGAUCAUGAUCAACUCGGUCACCAUUUGGUGGGCGUGUUGGACAUGUAUCUGGACGGCCGUCGUCGCGCUGGGCAUCGCCUAUCUCAUCGCUCACCGCACCUCGCCGACUCUCCGGAUUCGAGGUCUCGGUCUGUCGCUAUCAGCCAUUGUGUUUCUUCACAUCUACUGGGCGUCCGUCCAACUUGGCCUGAUGUAUGGCCCUCUCUUCCCAGGAGACUGCGAGUACUGGCUCAUGGGCACCUGGUUGCCCUGCGGUCUUGCUAUUUUCCACGCUUCCAACAGUCGCUUCCUUCACGUUGCCAAACAACAAAAGAAAUAUGCCUGGUCGAGCCCUCGUCUUCUCGCCUCCCCGCCUGACCAGGAGCAGAAAACCGGCCUGAUCGGUCGCUUUCGCCGUCUCAGCUAUACCAGCAAGAUUCUCAUCGUCGUUGGCGUCUCGGUCCUCUUCCAGCUCUUCCUUACUGUCCUCAUGUGGGUUAUUUCCCGCAAGUGGCACAGCUCAUGGGGUAUCCCUGGGACGGAAGUGCAUGGCACCCCAAUGGAGCAGAAGAUGGAGAUGGGCCGAGGCUGGGAGUGGUGGCCCGGUGUGUUGAUGCAGGUUGUCUGGUCUUGGAUUAUUGCCCCGAUCGUUCUUUGGAGGUCGCGCAACAUCCGCGAUACCCAAGGCUGGCGAGUCCAGACCAUUGGCUGUGCAAUUUCCAGCCUUCACGCUACGCCCAUGUGGCUCAUCGCUACUUACGUCCCUGCUAUGGAGCCUCUCACUCGCUACUGGCUUCCUCCGCAGUGGAUCUGUCUUUCCAUCGUUUUCAUAGAAAUUUUCACUAUCUUUGUUCCCUGCUGGGAGGUGAUGCGUCACCAGGCUCUCCGACAAGAAACCCUCGACUCGAUCGCGCAGUGGGAAUUGAAGACCAAGGGCGCCGGUGGCUCGGAAUCCAAGUCCCUGGCCUCCGGCUCGACGAUGGUGGAGUCCCUUAUCUCCGGAUUCAAGUCAUUGAAGGGAUCCGUCAAGACCACCGGCUCGAACGAAGGCAUCCUGACCCUGGGCGCGCUGGAGACCGUCCUGGAGCGCAACCCGGCGCCUCUGCAAGAGUUCUCAGCGCUGAGCGACUUCUCCGGCGAGAACAUCGCCUUUCUGACCAGCGUCGCCGAAUGGAAGAACUCUCUCCCCAAGGCGGUUUGGGACAACACGGCCGCCAAGGACAGCAACGUCAAGGAGCUGAUCCGCGAGCGGUUCAACCGCGCGCUGCACAUCUACGCCGAGUUCAUCAGCCCCAGCCACGCCGAAUUCCCCAUCAACAUCUCCUCGCAAGACCUGCGCAAGCUCGAGGUUAUCUUCGACCGCCCCGCGCUUCUCCUGUACGGCGAGGCCAAGCACGACGUCAACCCCAUCUCUCCUUUCGACACCCCGCGCGGUUUCCCCUUCGAGCCUCCCUCGCCUACUUCCUCAGAGAACUCCGAGAAGGCUAUCCACAACAUCAAGGACCGCGUCCAAUACUGGGGCGAGGUGCCUGAGGAGUUCGAUGCGAGUGUCUUCGAUGACGCUGAGGCUAGCAUCAAGUACCUUGUUCUCACCAACACAUGGCCCAAGUUCAUCCGGAGCAGCAGAGUCUCCAUUGACUCGUCUGCUACCAUUGAGGUCGGCAAGGAAAUUGUCUAG